AUGAAGCUUGGUUUUACUCAAUUAUUGAGUUUCACACUGGGCCUCAUUGGUCUCGUAAACGCUCUCACGAUCACCAAGGACACAUUUACCAGUCCUCUGGUGAGCCUUCAAAUAGGGGAGCUCAAUGUUAACAGCGGAGCCUACCUCGCAAUUUACGACAGUUUGGCUGUAGGUGUUGCUGGCAGCAUCAACAUUGAUGGUCAGCUCUUUGUUGUUUCCAAUUCAAUCGCUACAUCCUUCAUUCAAACCUUAGGAGAUUUUAUUAAUACUGGUACCGUUUCUUUCGAUGCCAGAAAUGGAUUGUUGUCAUCGUUCCAAUUGGCUCCAGGUGGAAACUUCCAAAACCUGGGAUUCAUGUGGUUUGGCCAAAAAGACGUUGUGUCAACUCCAACAACUGUUACUGCUCUUUUGGGAUCCUGGGAAAAUUCCGGAACCAUGGUAUUUUACAGUAGUGCCCUGGUGCUGCUUUCCGCUGUCACACUUACUGCUUUGAAUAGCGUUGAAAAUGACGGAGCAAUAUGUUUGAUUAAUUACUUUUUGCCACAAUCAAGUGCUUACACGGGAAUUGGUUGUUUCAAUAUUGGACUCAACUCAGACAUGACCGUUCUUCCAUCUAACCCUGUCUUAUCAUUUGACAACAGGCUCACCAUUGCCCUUUCAACACCAACCUCAACGUUCAGUGCUGUUAGUGUUUCUGUCAAUUUUUUGAGUAACACUGUUUACAAAAUUAGAGGAUUUGGUAAUAUGAACACAAUUUCUAUUGACUGUGGCUUCACAUCUAUCAAUUAUGAUUCUCUGACUGGUAUUUUAACCGCCUACCUUGUGCUUUGGCCUCUCGAAAUCGAUUUUGACAUAGGAACUGGUUAUGAUAGCACAAAGUUUGUUUAUGGUGGUCUUUUUAUUAUCAGUAACACCAUUCAAUACAAUGGUAAAGUACCAGCUGGUGGUAAAAUUCCCGGCAUUUGCAGCUGUCCCGAUUUCCCACUGCCACCCACAAAGCCUUCUACUUCCCCAACUGUGACCACUACUUCGUACUGGACUGCGACUACUACUGGUUCUACUCUCAUCACUACCGGCACAGAUGGCACCAAUACUCUUGUGAUCGAGGUUCCGAAGAGUGUCACCUCUACUACUACCACCUGGGGUAACUCCUUCACCUCUGAGACCACUGCCACUGGUUCGACUACGAACACUGUCAUUGUUGAGGUUCCAUCGUCUACUCAUACUACCACUUCGUAUUGGACUGAGACUACUACUGGUUCUACUCUCAUCACUACCGGCAGAUGGCACCAACACUCUUGUGAUCGAGGUUCCAAAGAGUGCCACCUCUACUACCACCACCUGGGGUAA